AUGACGGUGAUCGCUCGUUUAUAUGUGAUUCGACACGGGGAGACCGAGUGGAACCGCGCGAGAAUCAUCCAAGGACAAGCUGAUUCCAAGCUCAAUGAUCUAGGAGAAACACAGGCCGCUACGACUGGAGAAGCGUUGAAGGCGAUCCAAUUCGACAAAGCGUUCACGAGCGAUCUGUCAAGAGCUUCCAAGACGGCUGAGAUAAUUCUGCAGCAUCAUCCCGAUGUCGUCUUGGUGAAAGAUCGAGCUCUGAGAGAGAGGUUCAUGGGGAAGUUACAAGGAACCAAGGGACCAGCAAACAAAAGUGAACCUUCCCUUGAACCUGAGGAAGCGAUGCUGGGGCGAUCCGUUGGGUGGUACGACCGGGAGAUUGUUCCCUACGUCUCCUCACUCGCGGACAAUCCUGACGGAAGGACCCGGAACAUCCUGGUGACGUCGCAUGGAUGGCUUAUAAGUUCGUUCUUGAAGUCCAUGAUAGCGACGGGUGUGUUUGAGUGCGCCGAAGAUCUGUUAGGAUCUACACCAAAAAUACCGAACGCUAGUUUAUCGGUGGUGGAAUAUAGCAUGGUUGGAUCUGGAUCGGACUCGGAGCGGAGGAUUAGGGCUACGGUUGUGAAGUAUGGGGAUGCUUCGCAUUUACAGGGGACGCAAAUUCUAAGGGAUAAUGCGGAUAUGGAUGCGCUGCGAUCGUGA